UUUAUCAGGAAACAAACUGUAUCAACAUGUCGUGGGUUUGUCGGAUGGAGUUUUGCUUGAUCAUGCGUCGUUCUAGGAAGUUUUCCCCGGUGUGGAAUAAUUUUGAUCUCGUGACGCCAAACAAGGUGAAGUGUCGGCUCUGCUCCACAGAGCUAUCUUAUAUCAAUAAGAGCACUUCAUCAAUGCUGAGGCAUUAUAGAGCUCGGCAUGGCAAUGAAGAAUUGGCAGAUACUCGUGAGAGUACCCCAGUUCCUAACAAGCAAGCAGUGGAUGAGGCAGUGGUCAAUAUGAUCAUCAAAGACUGUCAGCCACUCAGCUUUGUUGAAAAUGAGGGAUUCAGGGAGCUCCUGAAGCUUAUUGUACCCUUGUAUGCUCUACCAAGCAGGAAGACCAUCAAGGACUUGGUGAGCCAGAGAUAUGAGGAGGAAAAGGAGAAAACCAAAAAGGACCUCCAGAGUGCCGUUGCUGUUUCUUUAACAGCUGAUAUGUGGACGUCUAUGAAUAUGGAGGCAUAUCUAGCUGUUACUGGCCACUAUGUGGACACAGAAAGCCAUGAACUCCAUUCAUCAGUCUUGGCAGUGCAGCUUUUUCCUCAGAAACACACCGCAGAAAACAUUGCCACGGUUAAAAGGAGCCUCAUGGAGGAGUGGGGCAUAGCAGGAAAGGUCAGGUGUCUUGUCACUGAUGCAGCAGCAAACAUGACUUCAUGUGCUAGAAUGCUGCAAAUACGGCAUACCAUUUGUAUAGCCCAUUCCCUGAAUUUAAUUGUGAGAAAAUCAUGUGAUCAAAUCCCAACAAUAACUGAGAUAUGCAACAAAACACGACACAAUGAUUAACUAUUUUUUAGGGCACAAUCUCUGGAAAACUUUAGAUAUGGAGGUUGCAGAGACCCAGAAGACGACGAACGCAACAGCUGACUCCAUUAUUGAAGUCCAGCGCUACCUGGCAGAAACAAACACACCCAGAAACCAAGAUCCUUUACAAUAUUGGAAAUGGAACCAGAAAAUAUACCCACAUCUUUAUCAGCUUGCACUUAAAACUCUCUGCUCACCAUCAUCGUCUGUACCAUGCGAAAGAGUAUUUUCUAAGGCUGGGGAGCUGGUGUGUAAGAGGAGAAAUCGCCUUGGAGCAAAGACACUCCAAAAACUUUUGUUUCUCAAUAAAAAUUCAUAAACUAA